UGGCUCGUUAGGAUCCACCUAGUACAACUAGCGGAAGCGUAAACGGAUUCCCGUUCACCUCAGGGAUAUUUUUUGUCAUCUCUUACAUGAGACCUUACAAGAGUUGCAUCACGCGACUUCUCUUUCGAAUGUCGGUCCCUCGAAGUGUCAGGACACUGAUUUUUUAACCGCUACAAGAGAAGCUGUUUUUAAAGAGAAUUGACCACUAGCUACAACAACUACUGACCUGUUACGAGGAGGAGUAGACUACUCACCCAGUAGCUAGUGUACUCACAAUCUGCAACAACACCGCAACAACACAACGACAAGGACUACAAACAUAUUGAAUAUAAACAUAAUGUCUGUACCCACUGCUCCGUCCUCGGGUCUUCCUGAGUUUUCGUCGCUGCGCGCUCCUGGGUACAGCGCAGCCCUGAAGACACUGCGUGUUGGAGUGGAUGAAACCGGCGUCGCCCAAGUCUUGUUGAAUCGAGCAUCCAAAAUGAAUUCUCUGUCAAUGGUUAAGGCACUUUAAGUCUAUCUUAGAUGGAUCCCAUCCUAUCCUAUCCUAGGUAUAGAGGCACCGGUGGUCCGCUGUUCAUUCAGUAGUCACUUAAGGCGGUAUGCAAGUAGUCCAAAGGCACAUAUUUAGGUACUUAAUAUUCAGGCUUGGUUGUAAAAAUAGUUCUGGCCAGAGAAGAAGAUCUUAUAAACAUCAUAGACUUGAUGUUCUCUGAUACAUAUAUUAUCGUACAGUAUACUGCUGCUCGGAUUAUCUCCUUUAGUUAGUACCCUCUCUAAGCCUUGCAUGUUCCAGGAGCUUCGAACCCUCUUCGAGCAAUUGAGUAGUGAUGACGACGUACGCUGCGUGAUGUUGCUUGGAGGCGAAUGUCGGAUGUUUUCGGCUGGAAUAGACCUGGAGACGCUCACGAGCAUGGCACCGAAGAGAGAAAAAGACGUGGCACGGGAUGCAAUUGCGAUGACGCGAGGCAUCAAAAUGAUGCAGGAAGCUUUUCUUGCAGUCAGGCGCUGCACGAAACCCGUAAUAGGAGUAGCUUACAAAAUGUGCAUAGGAGCAGCGUUGGAACUUAGGAAUUUUGGCGCUUUGUACUGUUGCAUCUGAAUGAAGACGAGUUGGUAUCCUUGAAGACGUAUUUUUUGUAGUAACUCACUGAGAAAAGUAUUGCACUUGAAAGAACAGAGGAUCCUACUGUACUGGCGACUGUACUUACCACUGUCUACUUACAAAGGCAGAAGUAUUUGACGUCACCUUCAUGUUCCUUCUUUCCGCUUGCGACAUUCGGUACUGUACUGCAGAUUGCGUGUUGAGCAUUCGCGAGCCACGCAUGGGUUUGGCAGCUGACUUAGGCGCCCUCCAGCGCAUGCCACGGCUAGCCAAUGGAAAUAGUUCCCUCCUGACCGUCUUGGCCUACACUGGAAGGGAUUUUACCGGUGCAGUUGCCGAUCAAAAGCUAGGAUUUUGCGAGACGCUGGACAGCAAUGACAAAAGUGAAUUGGAAGGGAUGGCGUACAAGACUGCUAUGGUACGAUAAAUAUUAAAUACUUAAUUGAAAUAAGUUUGAUUCCUUGAUGAUGGUCGUCUUCCUCGGCCAUUCUACCCAGCACGUAUGUUGAUCCUCGUCAUCGUCUUCUAUUUCGUACCCUGCUCUGCUUCCACAACAGGAAAUCUCUUCUUUAUCACCUGUCGCGGUAUAUGGGACCAAGCAAACGUUGCUCUAUAGCGCUGAGAACAGCGAGGAACAGGGAUUGGAGUUUGUUCGGAAUUUGAACGGUGCGCUUCUGCAGUCAGACGAUCUGAUGAAGGCGGUGCAAGCAUCCAUGACCAAAAGAAGACCUAGCUUCAGCAAGCUCUAGCUUCCGUUUUAGCAAGCUCCAGCUUCCGAAUUAGCAAGCUCCAGCUCCCGUUUUAGCAAGCUCUAGCUUCCGUUUUAGCAAGCUCUAGCUUCCGUUUUAGCAAGAAGCUCUUUCGAAGUUAUAGCGCUACUAGUAUUUUUUCGUGGAUCACCACAUCUUUACCACACAAAUGGCGAGUCAGAAUCUUCCGGUCGCAAGUUCUUAAUAUUUUCCUUUGACGAGACGCCGUUUCUCCCGACUGUCGUGAGAUCGUUUCUUCAUUUUUUCGUUUGUUCGCACUGUGGUGCAGUGCCGUAGCAACUACAGUGACUUCUCCAACGAACCAUCUGAUUGCGGGAGCACAUUCAUCUUGUUGAAGAUCGCUUAUGCGAAAUCAGCGUCA